CUAGCGGCCACUUGCUGGGCGCUCACUUUAUCUUGCAGAAGGGCACUGGCGCGACCUCGGGCGUCAACGUGGUGACCAGCGACUCGCAGCACGCGGCCGAUGCAGCCCGAGGUGCAGUUAUCGACCAGCCAUGUGAGAAGUUGGCAUGGGGGACUGCCCCACUCGCGAUGGAGGUGGCACACGAGAGGCAGCUCAACAUCAGGCAUACCAAGAGCAACGAGUUCGAUCCUUCGAACCAGCUGGCGGAUGCAUUAGCCAAGAGGGCCAGCGAAUCUCAGCAGCCACGCACAAUACUCCGGGGUCACCGAAUAUACCAGAAGGCACAGGAGUGGGAGUUCAUGCUUUAUGAUCAUGAAUCGCAGGGAAAGGCUGCCAACAGGAAGAGGCAUCAUGGCGACAGCGUCGAGCAGCAGCCACUGAAAGGGGAGAGGCCGGAGAUCUUGAGGUUGAACCUUGCGGAUUUGUCGGCGCUGCUGGUAGGCAUCCAGGAGGCGAGAGGUAGCGGAGGGCGCGCGUUUGCAGACGGAUGCAUCCACGUCCGCGGCCCAGUUGACGAAGGCGGUGACGGAUGUGGUUUGUUCAUCGCCACUUUCAUUUCAUACGGCCUAGUUGAGUCUCGCGAGCUCUACAUUGCCGACGGACACGUGAGGGUGCUUGGGAAGACGCCGACCGUUCUCGUCAUCAUGAUCAGUGCGCCAUACCUGGACCUGUCACUCACCACGUUGCUUGCAGACGCUAGCGGCCAGAUAAGCACUGACCUUGCCGACGACCGCGACAUCGGCCACAACCGGCCAGCGAAGAGGAGCGACCCCAACGGCAAGCAGUUAGCGGAGAUGGCGUAUGAAGUGGGCAUCACACUGGUCAAUGCAUACUAUGAUGCGGGCCCCACCUUGCGGAGUUCCAAGGGCGACGACAAGCGCAUCGACUAUGCCGGGCUAACCCAGCCGUUGGUCACGGCGGGCCAGGAGUCCGACCCCAUUCAAGGUCGACCUCAGCAAUCCUUUGACAAGAGCAGGUUCGAGAACGCUGAGUCUCAGAGCGCCUACUGGAGCAAUCUCAGUAUGAGGACGACCGAAUGGAACAUCGCCGUCAACGACCACUACGAGAACAUGGAUCAGGACAUCCACGCGGCAGCGGGAGCAGUCUUCAAUAAAGAUUUUACAACGCCGCUAAAGGAGCGCAUCAGCACCAGCACCGCGUGGCUCAGUAG